CCACUCAAUUCAGUAGGUGGUGGCGGACUGGUAACUCCAUUAGAUUAGCACCUCAAAGAGACAAAUUAAUGCUGUGGUGAAACGCAGGUUCAAAUCCUAACAAGGCAGCUGGUGCAGUAGAAAUUCAAUCUUCCAAAAAAGAAACAAUUCUGGACUUGAAAAUUAGACUGUUCAUUGUCGACCAACCGAUUAAUGAACUUUCUGUCUCGGCAAGGUUCUUGUUGCCUAAAAGAUGGGAUGACUCCCCUCACAAACGUCUAGCAAACCAUCCAGCCCAAGAGGAUGGGCAGAAAGUACCGAUCUUUGCAGCGACGCCCACCUGGCUUAUAAAGUCAAUUUUUUACAAAUAAAGACAGCCUGGCGGAUUGGAAUGACUCACCUGAGGAAGGUGGGGCUUUGUGCAUCCAGCCUUUUUCCCCCUGAUGUCACCUUCGCCUCGCCCUAAGGAGAGUUGCUGUGUGGCGGAGCGAGUGUAACUCUGCAGCCGGGGUGACGGUCUAACUUUCGGAUUGCAUGGACUGAUCGGACAUUAUAAACACACACGGACACCGAGGCGGGGGUGGGAAAGGAGUAAGUGCUGAAGAUGAACGUGACGCAGGAGAAUUAUUUCCUCAAGUCCGCCUUGCCCACGGACGCCCCGGUCUCUACCUUGGCUAUGCCCUCGGACACACAGCUCGACCACAGGGAGCACCGAGCCGAGCAGAAGAGCAUGAGGGUGCAGGAGCAAGUCCGAACCAUGCUCCGCAGUAGCAGCAGUAGCCGGGCCGGUUCGGUGUGCGGAGGCUCUGUUAGUGGAGAUUCUUUUGGAAUGAUGAGAUAUCCAGUGGCAACCAUGCCAAGCUUCGGUUCCAAGUCUCAAGCUUUUGUAACUGACAGAAAGUACGCUACUACCAAGCCGUCCAUGUAUAAACAGGGGACGAGUCAAAACUGGUCAUCUCGUUCAGCGGUGGGGGAUUACUCCUUUAAAGGGGCAACCACAGGAGACCAAUAUUUCAGGAAAAGAGAGGAGACUGUUUCUCACUACAGACCCAUUUCAUUUCAUCAGACUUCCAGACCACAGUCCUAUCAUCAGUCCACAACCUACAGACAUGUGAACCAAGGACUAAUGGAUCAACAGGACAUUGACAACUUGUCACUGCACUCAAUGCAGCUACCUGGCAAACAUGCUGAGAUUGUGAGGAAGAAAUCUUGGUCUGCAGCACAAAUGAAUGGACAGGCCAUUUACCAAAGAGCAGAUGAUAGAGAGGCCAACUUGGUCUUGGACCAGGUUGAUAACGGCUAUCCAUCCUCACACGGGCGCAAUGGCUUUAGCAGCAGCACCUACAGCAUGAGCCACACGAUCAGUAAAUCUCCAGCCAAGCAAAUGAGUAGCACGACCAUGGGCCUGCCCAGAUCCUUAAGUGGCACAGCGGGCAUGGCUAGUUACUCAGUGGAAGGGACGGAAGAGACGUCUGGUGGUCGACAAAUCAGACCCCCGGCUCAGCGCACUUUGCAAAGGGUCCAGCAAAGCAACAAAGCAAUUCGGGGAAGAACAGGUUCGGGUUCCUACUCAAGUUUGCAAAUGAUACGCACUCCAUCCCUUCGCAGCUUGGGCAGAACGGAUGCCGGUGUCCGAGAACUGGGAGACCAAGAGUUUGAAGAGGCGAGGCUUGAUGCGAUACAAAGGGCGCAGCUGAGCCAAUCUGACGAUUUGGAUCUGCCAACCGCUGUCAAACUUCUGGAUUCUUCUGACGUGAACAGUCAAGUGAUCGGAGCUGGAUACAUCCAACAUGAGUGCUACCAUGAUGCGGGUGCUAAAGAGCAUGCUUAUAACUUGAAGGCGAUCCCUAAGCUGGUGAAACUCUUCAAUCACGAUGCAGUCGAAGUGCAACGGAGUGCAACAGCAGCAAUGCGCAACUUGAUCUAUAACAACACCACAAACAAACAGGAACUGGUCAAGCAGAAUGGAAUCCCCAAGAUGAUGCAGGCAAUCAAAGUCAUUGAUGAAGAACUGAAGGCCAACAUCACGGGAAUCCUGUGGAAUCUAUCUUCCAGUGAGAAUCUGAAGAGCACUCUUGCCCGAGAUACACUAGAGAAGAUCACAGAAGAGAUCCUUGCCCCAUCCUCGGGUUGGGGUAGUAGUGUGAGCAUCCGGCCAUUAGCUUCAGAGGAUGAAGUCUUCUACAAUACCACUGGUUACAUUCGAAAUCUGAGUUCAGGAAAAGAAGAAACACGUCAGAAAAUGCGGGAAUGUAAAGGUUUAGUGGACUCUCUGGUCUACUUUAUCCAGCAAUCUCUUGAAAACAAUGCAGCCAGCAAGAGCGUGGAGAAUUCAGCCUGUGUCCUGCGCAACUUGUCCUACCGGCUGUAUGAAGAAAUACCAUCUUUUUAUCAAAACCGAUUGGAGGGCCCUGGCAGGAAUGACAGAAGUGUGAAGAAAGAUGAUGUUGUGGGAUGUUUCACUCCUCAGAGUAGGAAAGUGAAAGAGAUCAAUACAGAGUCGGCAAUAUUUUCAGAAGUUACAAAAGAUCCCAAAGGAAUCGAGUGGCUUUGGAAUCCAGCUGUCGUCAGAGUGUACACUGGGCUCCUAGACAAGAGCGAGGCCAACCAGCAAACCACUGAAGCUGCCUUGGGGGCUCUACAAAAUAUUACAGCAGGAGACUUCAGGUGGGCCUCUGUGAUAAGUCGCAUAACAAUGGAUCAAGACAGAACAUGGUACACUCUCAUGAAUUAUUUGAACAGCAACAAUGACAAUGUACUUAAGUCAUUGACUGGUCUGCUUCGAAAUCUUACAGUCCAUGCAAGGAACAAGGAGGAUGUAGCAAUCAAGCUGAUUGGACCACUCCUGCAAAAGUUACCAGAGGAUGGCAGUUUCUCUUCACCAUCAAACGAGGUGGCAGCUAAUAUUUGCAUGAUACUGAACAAUCUGGUUGUGGAGACUAGUGAAGCUCCAAGACAGAUUGUGAACCAUAAUGGAUUAAGGAAACUCAUGAACAUCAAACACCGAAGAGAUAGUGAAGCUGAGAAAGCAGUAAAAGCUGCCAGCAGUCUUUUGGGAAAUAUGUGGUAUUACAAGUCCUUGCAUCGUGAAUACAAGUCAAGAGGUUACCAAAAAGACGCUUUUGUGUUCAACUGAGGUCAAGUCUGCUACCGAAUUCCUUAAUCAAAGCUACAGACAAGUGGAUACUACUGAAGACUGCUCCCCAAGAAGGAUAACUUCACUGUUAUCUAUUCUAUUUUUCUUUUGUAUGUG